AUGACAGCCAAUCAAAUGGCUAAUAUGGCACAUGCCCACAAUGCAACACUCCCCGAUCCAGAGGAAACAGCCAGAAAAGAUGGAGACGAGUCCAGAACAUCAUCAGACGGCUCCGGUGAGAGUAACUAUAUCGUGCUUCCCCCUGGGACCAUCUUGCCAAAAUCUUCACUUGAUCUGCAGCAGCUGGACGAGCAACCCAGCCUCGUUUCUCAGUGCCUGACCUCAGGCAAGCUCUCCUCUCAGAGCUCAUCGUCGUCGGAGGGUAGGUCAAAGGGCAGGUCGACGAGCGGCAGCAGUACGGCGCCCUCUACCAUGAAGAUCACCUUCACAAAAGUGGGAAGUGGUACCACCCCUACUACCAGCCAAGCUGCCCAGAAGCAGGUAAUAAUAAUGUCCAGUGCUAAUGCUGACCAGAGCCCACCUUCAGAGGUCCCAUCCCGCUCUCAGGGCCUGCCUGCAUCCACUAAGGUCACCAUGGCAACCAUGUCAGAAGGUCAUCCGCCUUUUCAGAUGAGCUAUGAAGAUCAGUUGACAGGUGUGGUCACACCCUACCCACCCGUAUCCAAGCACCAUCGUAAGGGCUCCAAGCACAAGAGCUCCAAACCCUUCACGAUCAUACAGCAAACCCCAGGUCCAGGCGUGAGCACCCUCACCAGUAGUGCCUUCAGCACACAGGUCACCGGUAGUGGGAGCGGUGCACCACCGAUGGUGAUGGGAGGAGGCAAGAGGGCUGGUAUGGUACCACAGAAACCAGAACCAGGUAUGAAACUAAUCACACAGACUGUAGCUAGUAGCUCCGGUAGAAUGUCUUCUAAGACCUACCAGGUAUCAGCAAGCUCAGCAACACCAUCCGUCCGAACAACCACCAUAGGGGUUCAGGCACCAAGGAGCAGUGUUACUACAGGGUCCCAGUCCACAAGCUUAGGUCUAGGAGCUAGGAAUAUCGUGACAUCACCUGGUCCACGGAUCGUGACGGUACCCAGUCAGAUGGGAGGGCGCCCCCAGUGUAGCACUAGUAACGUCAUCACGCUGUCGCCCAUGUCUCUACAGAAGACAACAGGCAAGAAUACAGCCACCGUUGUUGUCACCAAGCCCAAUUCGAUGAUGCCUGGUAAAACCAACGUCAUCGUCGUCCAGAAGUCCCAGAUCAAGUCUAAGAUGAUCAGUUCACCCCGCUCAGCUGCACCCGGAAUCAUGACACAUACCACAUCAGUGCUGACACGCCCAAAGAUCGCCAUGACGAUGACAGGUGGACUAGGGGGCAGCGGGUCACCCAACCCACCCAGCUCACCAGGAACCAUGGGGAUGCAAUCCAUCCGCUUCCCUUCCCCGCCCACCUCCGCUCACCAGAAGACCAUCCGUGGCCCCUCCCCCGUCUCCAUGGGAGCUGUAAUGGGAGGAGUCACAGGACGUGGGCAGAGUGCUGGUCAGGGAGGGUUGGGGUCGAUGGGCAAAAGCCAGGGUUUGCUACGGUCCAAGUCCCCCAUUGCCCAAAGCAUGGCCAUGCUAUCGGCUGACCUUGAGCUGCAUACCAAGGCCAAAGGUCAUAGGAGGUCAUCGGCAGGUUCAUUAGGUCAAGGGUCAUCCAAGGUUGUGGUGGAAGAGGUUCCAAGUGGGGUUAUGAGGAGUGCUAGUCUAGGUCGCGACCCCUCCCUCAUCUUCCAAUCCUCUGUGGGGAAGCCCAACACAGAGUGGAUCGAUUACGACGGCUCCCCUCCAUCCAGCCAAUCAGCAUCCUCGGCUAUCAAGGCUCUGCUAGAAAUCAGGGGCCAGCCGCUACCCCCCACCACAGCAGUGAAGCAUGUUCCUUUCUCCGGCGUAUCACCUGGACUCCCGCCCUCAUCGACUCUCAAGCAAUCAGCGGUCACUCGUCGCAUUCCAUCCUCAUCCUCUGUAUCCAUCUCUGAACAUCCCAAAGAGCCCUCCCAGAGCCCCACUGUGAUAACCGUCGAUCCCAAGCCUGCUGCAUCAGCAAGCGAACGACUUGAAUUCUCAUCGGAUCAACUCUCGAGUGUCGUCGACCAGUUCGAACAGUUCCUGGAGAGCGAGGCGCUAGGAGGGGGAACGCUAGGAAGAGGGAAGCGAUUAUCCGGAGGAGAGCCAGAGACAAAACCAUCCGAGCCAAGCGACCAGAAGGAGAAGGAGGGGGAGGAGUCCUCAAAGAUUGAUCCGUUUGAGUUUGUUGAGGAGAUUAUCUCCAAGGAUACAGAACCAAUGGUGUCAGCCAAGCCAAAGCUCAGCUAUGGGCAGGAGAUCCCCAAAACACCAGUAAUGGAUAAGUCACAGGUCAUAGGUCAUAAGAUCACACCUCAGGUCACCCCCGUAGUAGCUCAACCCACUCAGCCGACCGAGACCGCCUCUGUGACGAGUGUUGUCAUGGAGUCGGCAUCAUCCUUUGACAUCACUCAGAUGAACCUGGAGGACCUCUCCUGCCAACGGAUGAGAGAGGAUGAGGACGAUGAAGAGGAGGAUGGCGAUGACGACAAGAGAGGGGAUGAUCUCGGAAGCUCCGGUGAAAUGAUGUCAUUCAUGGAUACCGGCAGUGGCGGAUCCGGCUCAGAGGGCGUGAUGGGAGCAGACGGAAAACUUCGGGUCAGCCGUCGAAAGCGGAAAGCGCCAACACCCAUCGACGAAGAGACAGGUCCAUCAAGCAUGCCCAGCUGGGCGAGGGCAGCAUGGAACUUGUUACAGAGAGUGAUGCGUUUCCGUGGCGCUAAUCGACCCAAAGGAGGAAUCAAUGCAGCAUCAUGGUUCACAAGACCAGUUGACCCAGCAGAGGCACCAGGAUAUCACAAGGUCAUCAAGAAACCAAUGGACUUUGGUACUAUCAAGAGAAACCUAGAGGCUGCUACGUACCAGGACUUUGCUGAAUUCCACCAUAACAUGAUGCUUGUGCGGGGUAACUGUCUGCAGUACAACCCUCCUGGACAUGCAGCGAGAAGAGACUGUGAAGAAGUCUUUCAAUUCUACUCCUCAGAGUACUCCAAGACACUCGACAGAUGGCAAAAGCAAAUGCUCUCAAUGCCAAAGUCUCCCAAGAGAAUACGAACAGAUCCAUCAGUGCUGCAACCGGGGCUGCAACCAGGGCUGCAACCUCCAACUCAGCAGUAGAUUCUUUAUUCAUUAGAAAUAAGUUCUACGAUAUAUCCACAAAGUAUUCACCUGUAAGUGGCCAAGUCCAGACAACUAACUGAGAUGUAUGUAGUGCAGACUGAAGCUAGCUGCCAGUUGCCAAAGGUUGCCAUUUUAACAAUCAGUCUGUUGUAACUAGAGGUCUCAGGGGUAGAGCAGAGGUCUUUUACUUAUCACUGGUAGGUCCCAGGUUCAGAACCAAGUCAAUGCGCUAGUGCCCUUUGGUAAGGCAUUAAUCCUCAUUACCAAGUCCCUCAGAGAGGACAUAAAGCACUUGGGGCCCCUGGUGAUUUUACUCAAACUUACAAGCAUAAUGUUGUACACAUGCUGUUUUAGCAGUUUGGUAAAAAAAAAAAGAUCUCAAUCAAAUGUCAGACAACUGGUGUGCACCUCCCUCUAUGUUCUUGUUAUUGGGUGUUCGUUUUGAUCCCAAACUGCCAAAUAGAUGUCUCAAUUCUAGUGAUAUAAACCAUUGUGAUUAAUCAUCAGCAAGCUUAUUGAAUUUUCUGUGCUUCUUUCUCUCUUAUGUAAUGAAAUUAAAGCAAAUUAUAAUAAGAAUUGCAGAGCAGUUUUGUUUGACGUGGAUGACUCAAGACAUGGUGCUAUGUCAUAUUAUGUGUAUGGGAUCUUUAAGUUUACAAACAACGGGUUAAAACAACAACUUUGUUUCAGUUGUUUGCAUGAAUACGUUUACAAAUUCAAAAUCAUAUUAUGCUUCUUCACCAGAAUGUAAUGAGGAAUUUGAAAAAUUACCUUUUUAGAAGUAAGUGAACCUGGAAGGUUGGAAUCGUGGUUGAAUAUAUUGAUUGCUGCUGUCAGGUAAAGCUUGGGCAUGAUUUUUGAGGAAUGCAUCGAGUAAACACUCUCAAAAUAUUUGCAGAAAUGCUGGGAUAAUUCUUAGCAUUCUAGUGGGAAUUUUUGUUAUAUGCAAAUGAAUGGCAACUGGCAAAUGGCAAUUUCCUUCGUGUUUUAACUUAAAGGUAUAGACCAGUUUUAGAAAUGGCCCCCUCUCAAAAAAUGAAAUGGAAGCUCUUAUUACCAAUCAUGUGAAAGAAUAUGUU